UCGACAGAUGUAAAGAAAACUAUGAUACGAAUAAGGAACUAGAUUAGACACUGGUGUACUUGAGACCAGAAGACUCGAUUUUCCACAGAAAAGCGGUAUAAAAGACGACGGCCUAGCAGUUGUGGCUCCUGGCGACUGUUAAGAAAUACUGCUGACUAGAUGUGUGCGUCACGAGGGAGCAGCUUUUCGAGUGGGGGCUGUUUGAGACGUUAUCGCCCUCCUCCGAUGACGUCACGUACUGAAAACGUUUCGCAAUUGACCCUAUUUCCGGAACAUCCAAGUACUCUGCUGGCCGGCCUUUUGUUGUUUGUCUGGCUUUGAUAACUUUUAGAACAUCGUCUUUUCUCAACAACAGAAGGAAUCAUAAUUAACUUUAGUUAUUUUACAGGUUAAAUGUAUUUAUUACCAGAAACAACAACAAUGUAGUGUUAUGUGUAACGUUAUGUGUGUAGGAUCACGUGCAAUUAUCCCAAGAUUAUUUGUCUUGUCCGUGUGAUUCAACAUGGCGGGCGUUAACAACCUGGACUGUAUUUUGAACGCUAAACAAUUGGGUAAACUCAAGCCAAGACAAAUUUUUAACAAAUGUUUGGUUGUUUACCGAAAAACACGCUAACUGGGGCGGAUGUUAACCAUCAUAUUGUAGAAAUGAAAUCAAACAACAAAAAAUAGUAUUCAUUUUUGGGGAGGGAGCAGCACACAGCAAGCCCCCAGACCUGGUUGGUGCCUGAGGACCCCUCAGCAGGCAAUCCACUCAGCGCCUGACAAGACCCCACCUCUCCCACCCACUGCCUCGAUGGGAGACGGCAAAGGUCGCAGCACGCAGCUCCACCCGUCGGGAGAGCUUCCCUAUGAGGGCAAUGGGCUGGUAGGCCAGUCCAGUCAGCAACCUGCCCUCCCCAGCAGAGAAAGGCACCGGUGUUUCACAGCCCCACAGAUACCCAAGCCACAGCUGCCCCAACUACAGAGUUCACAUUUGAGCUCAAGUGAACUGAACUGCACCAGAGUUCACUUGCAAGAGGACGGAGACCCAUCUGUUAUGUGGUCAACAUAGAACACAAACACCAGGAGCCGGAGCAGCCUGGUGAGGAAUGACAAAGGAAAGGAAAGCCUGUCCUGUCUUAUCCUGGGCUCAGGGGGGAGAUAACAGCACAGGAGCGGUGAGCACACAUCCUGACUGAGAUCAUCAGAUCAUCAGCAUGUUUGUGCUACGUUGUUUGGAUACAGCCAUUCUAAUACUCAUCUUUUCAAGUUUGAACACAGAUGCUAAACCGCUCAGAAAAAGAACCAUCAGCGAGGUACAGUUAAUGCACAAUGUUCGGGAACACAAACAAGUGGGAGAGAGACAGGAAUGGCUCCAAGAAAAGUUAAAGGACAUUAUGGUCACCAGUGUCAAACCUCAACAUGGACUGUCAUCAAUCAAUAUGAAAAAUAUCUUCCCAAAUGACAUUAUUGGGUCAAAAAAGAAAAUUUGA